ACUCGUACAGGUUGCAAAUACUCGUAACCUGAGCAACGGUAAACGGGAGUGCAGGGACGGAAAAUACAGUUGUGUGAGGUAGCUUUCAUACCGGCAGCUGUUAGCGCUGAACGGGCGCGACACUCUCUGGCUGCCCCCCAAAAAGUGUUGCGCGCUUUCCACCCCCUACAGACCAAACAAUUCCCGCUUUCCCUGCCAACUGUCUCCACAUCGCGUACAGUACAUCACCGUUCUACUUGCAUUUCUCCUGCUCUAUUCUAGUUCUUUGAUCUAUUUAGUCAUCCCGGUUUUUAACCGACGGAUCUAAUUGUGCAGUGGAUUAUAAUUAUCACACCUUUUGCUUUAUUGCUCGAAAUACUGCUUCUCACUCUCAGCCCUAGCGCAAUUAGUGGCCAAGCGGUAGCAUUUUUUCUCCCGCACUCUGAGCCCUCCACUCUGCGUUAAUACUGAUCACUCUAUCACGAGUUUACAUAUCGCGUUAACCUAAGCUAUGCCUAGCGAGAAGAAGAUUAAGGAACGCUCUCUACCAUCACAGAGAAACCCGUUGCUCCAAGGAGCUGAUAUUCCGGCUUACAAUGAGCUCGUUGACAUGCGCCGCCUUGGGCAGACCAAUUUGGGAAGCAAAGGUGGAAAUGAAGCGGUUCUUUUUUCCUAUGUACAUCUUCGAGCGCCUCUCCCACAGUCUUUGGAAGGCUCGGAAAUCUUUGGAUCGAUGGCACCUGAAUCGUACUUCUUGAUGCGCAGAAGCCAAGAUGGAUACGUGAGCUCUACGGGAAUGUUUAAGGCCUCUUUCCCCUGGGCUAAAAAGAAGGAAGAGGAUCACGAAAGGCAGUAUGUGAGGGAACAUUUCGAGAAGACAUCCCCAGAUGAAACUGCAGGAAAUUUGUGGAUCCACCCCACUGAUGCCCUGGCUUUGGCCGACGACUAUGGAAUGAGACUGUGGAUUGAAGCCCUACUGGAUAACGACACUGCACCCGCUCCUCGAAGACGGUCUACACGAUCAGUCUCACCUAGUAAACGUCUUGGAUCAACUCCACGAAAAACACGCGCGAAGGCAGCCAAGGAUAGCCCUUUAAAAAAAGAAGUUGCACCCAUCGUAGAGGCUAUGGAAGAAGAGACCGAGGUCGUUACCCUCACAACAACCGAGAAGACGACACUGACUUCUACCGAGACUGCUCCUGUAUUGACCAACGGCAAUGGAAUCGAAACCAGUCUAACCACUCCAGCCAAGGGUGAGCCAACGAUAAAACUUCGAGUUGACCAGGAAAGCGAGGAGAAAGGAGAUGUUACGGUUGCAAGAAAUAGCGAAAUGAUUGCUAAAGCUAAGGAAAUGGUAGCUGAGGCCCAACGCCUCGACAGUGGCUCCGAUGUCAUUCCCGUCAACGGUGUCGGCAGAAAGCGAAAGGCCGAGGAUGUAGAGUGCGCUGAAGAGGUUGGUGCUGGUGAAGAGUCUGGCUAUAGACAUGUCAAGAGGUCAAAGGUUCUGGAGGAAGAAUUGAAAAGAGAGAAAGUCAAGAAUAAGGCUUUAAUUGGACUGACAGCAGUCUUGGCUAUCGGAGCCAUAUUCCCCUAUGUUCUAUAGUGUGGGAAGGUUUUGCCAGACAUGACUCGAUUUUCACGAACAUUAUCCUGGAUUAUCUGAGGAAUGUGAUUCCUUAUCUACCAGAGUUCUUAGGUUUUCACGAGUCGACCCUGUCAUGAUAUGCUUAUAGUUCUCCCGUUUUUUUAUUUUUCUGUCCUCAGUAUAACAUUUCUUUUCGACUUGUUUUUUAUUAUUCUCAUUUUCUAAGCUACUGGAAUUUAAAAAUACUAUCGUUAGCCCCAGAUAUGUUCUCUACUUUCCCACUUACUUUCUUUUCUUCCGUUUUCUAAUUAUCAAUUGUCUUUUUCAAAGGGACUUUUCGUCUUCAGGGGUAUUUGUUAAGAGUCUAUUGGUUACAGACUCAGCACUUGACCUGUCAGGAUCUUUGCUUUCUUUACUUUCUGUUUUUGUUAUUAUUUGAUGUUUCGUUCGUCUGGGGUUCUUCGUCUGAAAUUUGUUCCACUCUUAAACUUUCAAUUGUCGGUUGUUUGUAUGUACGCUAUAAUUCCAUUUUACUCUCA